AUGGGCGGGGCGGUAACUGAGCGGGGAACGCGGCGCUUUCCGACCCUGGGAGGGCACCGCACCCGCCUGGCCGCAGUGGGGAAGAGCUGCGCGCAGAGAGCGGCUCAGCCUGCGGGGGACGCGGAGCAGGAGACGCCCGCGGGAUUGCGGGGUCCGGCGAGCGGCCAUCGCUGGAAAGACGGUGGGCAAGGGGCAGGAGCCCCAAUCCUCCGGGGCUGGGAGAGGACGGCCGGUGCGGGCCAGGACUUCGGGGGACCGCACCGGGGCCUCGGGGGAGGGACGAGCAGGCGGUGCCAGGACAGCAUGCGUGUCUUCGGAGGCUCCGAUGCGGGGCCCUGGGGCAAUUCCAGCUGUACUAACGCCAGCUUGGAGACCGAGGACCUCGGGAAAGGCGGCGGCCCGCCCCGGGACGUUCGCAACGAGGAGCUGGCCAAACUGGAGAUCGCGGUGCUGGCCGUGACUUUCUUGUUGGCGGUGCUGGGCAACAGCAGCGUGCUGCUGGCGCUGCACCGCACGCCGCGCAAGACGUCCCGCAUGCACCUCUUCAUCCGCCACCUGAGCCUGGCCGACCUCGCGGUCGCCUUCUUCCAGGUGCUGCCGCAGCUGUGCUGGGACAUCACGUACCGCUUCCGCGGGCCGGACUGGCUGUGCCGCGGGGUGAAGCACCUGCAGGUGCUCUGCAUGUUCGCGUCGGCCUACGUGCUGGUGGUCAUGACCGUCGACCGCUACAUCGCCGUGUGCCACCCGCUCAAGACGCUGCAGCAGCCGGCGCGCCGCUCGCGCCUCAUGAUCGCAGCAGCGUGGGUGCUGAGUUUCCUGCUGAGCACGCCACAGUACUUCGUCUUCUCCAUCAUCGAGGUGGACAACGUGACCAAGGCCCUCGACUGCUGGGCCACCUUCAUCCAGCCCUGGGGCUCCCGCGCCUACGUGACCUGGAUGACCGUCAGCAUCUUCGUGGCUCCGGUUGUCAUCCUGGGCACCUGCUACGGCUUCAUCUGCUACAACAUCUGGAGCAAUGUCCGCGGGAAAACCGCGUCGCGCCACAGCCCGGGCGCGGAGGGAGCGGGCGGCGCGCUCCGCAAGGGGCUCCUGCUGGCGCCCUGUGUCAGCAGCGUGAAGACCAUCUCCCGCGCCAAGAUCCGCACGGUGAAGAUGACCUUCGUGAUCGUGACGGCGUACAUCGUCUGCUGGACGCCUUUCUUCGUCAUCCAGAUGUGGUCGGUCUGGGAUGAGAAGUCGAAGUGGAACGAGUCAGAAAACCCCACGGUCACCAUCACUGCACUGCUGGGUUCCCUGAACAGCUGCUGCAACCCUUGGAUAUACAUGUUCUACAGCGGCCACCUCCUGCAAGACUGUGUGCAGGGCUUGCCCUGCUGCUGCAGCGUGGAGCACAGACUCAACAAAGGAGACACAGACAGCGUGAGCCGGAGGCAGACGUCUUACUCCAACAACCGAAGCCCCACCAGCAGCAUGGCCACAUGGAAGGACUCCCCCAAAUCCUCCAAGUCCAUCAGGUUCAUUCCUAUUUCUACCUGAGCCCUCCGUCCACGCAGCCUGACUCCUGUGCUUGACUGUUUGGCCUAUUUGCUGAACUGAGCUAGAAAUCAUAAGGACAAAGGAACUUUACUGAGAUGAGCAUAAUUAAUUCACUGGGUACCAGACUCUGUUUCAGGCUCCAUCUUCACACGGCUAUGACAAAAACUAUGAAUUAUUUUGUACGGAGUAUUAAUGACAACACACUGCACUACAAUGUGCUGGCCUAAUUCCCGUAAAUAUAACAGAAGUGAUGUUUCCAGAGGAAAAAUUGUGACUAUUCUCUUGUUGGUGUCUUUGAUUUUUCUCUUUUUCUGAUGUAAGAAGGGCUUGACUGGCACUCUUGCUGAACAAAGUGAUCCCAUCGUCAGCUGUAGUAUGUAAAGGAGACAUCAGAGGAAUUAUGUUUUCAUCCAAUAAAAUCAGUUUGUGCAUCAGAAAAUGCAGCCCCAAAUGGUGGCCUGGAGUUGGGACGCUGUCUGGGAGAGGCGUGAGUGCCGGGGUGUACUGAUCAGGAGGAGGCCACUCAGCGCCAAACAGGAAAGUUCUGUCAGAAGCUACGAACCGUCCGGUUUUCAAAGUGGUAACGUUAGACCUGCAGCAUCUCGUUCAGGUUCCUCACGGUCCAUCAGCCAGGAAUCUUUUAUGAUUCCUAAGAUGCUGAAGGUUAGAGAAAAUGUUGACAGCUGACUAAAAAAAUGUUUUUUCCCUACGACAAGGUUGUUUUAAAGUCAGAUUUCUAGGAGCAAUGUCAAACUUUAUUAGAAGAACAGAAAAAGAUUGUCCAAGGUACUCUGUAGAGUCCUGGGCUGUCCACCCUGUAGCCUGUAGAUCAAAUGCCGAUUAUUUGAGGCCCGUUUGCUUAUUUGUGGUGUCAGAUAUCACAAAACUUAUGCAUGGACCGUGUUUUUGCUGGCCACGUGUCGUUAUUGUUUGUGUUUUUAAUGUGUGGCCCAAUGUGCAACAGGGGGAAAAAAUAAGGUUGGAUACCUCUGCCACACUUUCUCUCAAACACUGUCCAUAUAUUUUGACCAGAACAUGGGUGUCCCAUGCUAUGCUAGAAAUGCGAUCAUUACCUUCAUGUUGGGGAACUAGAUUCCUAAAGAAAAGUCUCCUCAAGAAGGACUCAGGAUAUAUAGUGUCACCACGUGUUUAGGUGAGAAUGGCUUGCUCUUUCUUUCCAAUCUCCCGCUCACCUAACAGAAGAGGCAGGGCCGGGGCGGAAGAGCAGACAGAGACAGAACUCUUCCCCGCCUCAUCUGGCUGCCUUCUUAGUAAAUGCAUGAUUUUAGGCAAGUUAUUUAAACACACAGGAAGCCUCGGUUUCCUUGACUUACUCACGAUUUGUUGUGAGGACUAAAUUAAACAAAUGUGCGAGCAGAGCUUUACCUACAAGCAGUAGAGUGCUAUGUAUACACACUAGCAGUUGCUUUUAUUGUAGUCUUGGGAUCUGCAAAACGCACACAGCUUCUUUUUCUGUCUCAUUUUCAUUAGUGAGAGUUGUUUGGUUUCAUGGCUGCGAUUUAAAAUCCUAAAAUUUAAAUACAGAUCUGCAGACGUGCUGGAAAGCAUUGCCAACGGCGACUAAACUUGCCCUCUCCUGCCCAAUUAAGUUUUCCAGGUUAAAGGCAGAACUUGCUGUCCUUCAAAUGCGGGUGAAUCAAAGCCAGCCGCAGGCUUUCAUUUCUCAACAGAGAGGAAUUACCACACUCGCUGGCUGCCUUGCGCUUCUCAUCACUGGGACUCAGUUCUUUUCCCGUCAUUGAGCGGUUCCUCCUUCUUAGAGAUAGAUCAUGCAGAGGUUUGGGGAUACGUCAUAAAUAUUUUGCAUCCUUUAGAAACCUAACGGUUGCUUUUAAUAGUAUUGUUGGGUUUCUAUUUUGAGCUUUGUGGAUAAGAAUGAGGCCUGGAUGGCAUGGCAAGAACUUGGAAGCCCCGACUUCAUGCCUCUUCAUUCUGCUGGCUCUCCAAAUUCUCAGCCCUAAGACUCCCUGGAUUGAUAUGCCUAAAAAAUGUUUCCAAAUGUACUUUAGAGAUUACACUCUUAAGUUUUAGAAUUCUUCCUUCUAAAAAUAACAAACAUGUCUCUUAAAGGGCACUGUGUAAUGGAAGCUAUCAACUAAAUCAAUUCUUCUUUAUUUGAGUUAGAACAGCAUCUCAGUUGCCUGCCGUGUGAGGCCAUCAGCCCUUUUCAAGGCUUCUCUUUGAGAUAGAGGUAAGUGGGCUGUCAGAUAACAGAGCUGAGUACUAGUUCUAUGCUAAGAAACGUGGGUUUUUUUUCUCUGUGGUUUAGAGAAACAUCAUCUCUUUAAUUGCUGAACCUUCUUAAUGUUGUGCACCCAGAAUGGCGUUCAGAUAUGUUAAAACAAUAUUCCAAAUUAGAGGUGGUAGGUGGUAAGGAGAAAGUAUUCUGGGAUGGAAAAUUUUCUUUUUCUGGACCAAAGAAUAGACAUGAGACAUUGUGCCCAAUGAUGGGAACUCAAAAUAAGCCUUCUUAUGAAUAGUUCUUAAAUUUUGUUAUAUCACCUUAUUUUAUUUUGCACAGUUAUCUGUGGGAAUACCCUUCAAGUACAAACUAUUAAUGUAUCUAUGCUGGUUUCAGAGAUGCGAUAUAAAAAUCCCACCGAUAGGAAGACACUGGUCUAUUGGGCAUGUGAUAAAUAUUAAUUGAUGAUGAAAAAGAAGCACUUUACAGUACAUAUUAAGUGCUUAAUUGGUUAAUUUUGGAGCGUGUGUUUGUAAA